UUGACGCGCGGGUCGCGAUCAGUUCAUAAAGUGUCUGAUAAUUCAUGAUUUGUUUCAUUUAAUCUUCUAAUAUUUAUUGACGUAUUCACGAGAACAUACAUACCAAUUCUAUUAAAAAAAUGCCUGCACCAGAGAUUGAGGGUCAUCAGGGCCGCAAGGCUAACUUCAAAUUCAAUUCUAAGCAUGAAGAGGCACGUAGAAGGAGAAAUGAAGUAUCCGUGGAGUUGAGAAAAGCUAGGAAGGAUGAACAAUUAUUGAAACGCCGUAAUCUUAAUAUAGGGCAAGAACCACAAAGCCCCACUAAUGAGACAACUUUGUCACCCCUUUCUACAUCAAUAGACGAAAUUGUUGCUGGUAUGAACUCAUCAGAUCAAACAAUUCAGCUCCAAGCCACACAAGCAUGUCGAAAAAUGUUGAGCAAAGAAAAGAACCCACCUAUAGAUAACAUGAUAGAACGUGGAAUUGUGCCACGCUGUGUUGAAUUCUUGGACUAUCAUCACAAUCCUCCAUUACAAUUUGAAGCAGCAUGGGCACUGACUAAUGUAGCGUCUGGAACAUCGGAGCAAACCAAUGUUGUUGUAAAACAUGGUGCUAUACCAAAAUUAGUUGCAUUGCUCAAAUCUGCAUCACCCAAUGUUGCUGAACAAGCAGUAUGGGCGCUUGGAAACAUUGCUGGAGAUGGACCAAUGGCUCGUGAUCUUGUUCUUGGUCAUGAUGCCAUGCCUCUCUUAUUGGAAUUGAUCAAACCCGAUACUCCUGUGACGUUCACUCGUAACAUCGUGUGGACAUUAUCAAAUUUGUGCCGCAAUAAAAAUCCGCCGCCUCCGUUUGAAAUUGUACGAAGUGCACUGCCAGUAUUAAACCGUUUACUCAGUAAUACAGAUAAAGAUAUACUUUCUGAUGCUUGCUGGGCUCUUUCAUAUCUCACUGACGGUUCGAAUGGCAAAAUACAAGCGGUCGUGGAGAGCGGAGUUAUUCCAAAACUUGUAGAUUUACUUGCCUCAAGCGAAGUAACAAUUUUGACUCCAGCACUUCGUGCAGUUGGAAAUAUAGUUACAGGCAAUGACAUGCAGACAGACGCGAUAAUAUCGGCAGGAGGUUUACAGCAUUUGGGGGUAUUAUUACAACACCAUCGUAUUAAUAUUGUCAAAGAGACAGCAUGGGCUAUUAGUAACAUUACAGCCGGUAAUAUGGAUCAAAUUCAACAUGUCAUCAAUGCUGGAUUACUACCUCCUUUAAUAAACGUUCUACAAAAUGGAGAUUUCAAAUCUCAAAAAGAAGCAGCAUGGGCUGUAACCAAUUUAACUUCAGGUGGAUCUAUACAGCAGUUAGCUCAACUGGUACAAUUGGGAGUGCUAGUACCGUUUUGUAACUUGUUAGACGCCAAGGAUUAUAAGACUGUGGUUGUUGUUUUGGAUGGCUUGACUAACAUAUUGAAUGCAGCGGAGAAAAUGGGAGAAGUUGAACGGGUAGCUAUAAUGAUAGAAGAAGUCGGCGGUUUGGAUAAACUCGAGGCUCUUCAGCAACACGAUGUAGAACAAGUGUAUCAGAAAGCUGCUGCCAUGAUUGAUACUUUCUUCUCGGAUGGGGAUGCUGAAGAAUCAACAUUAACACCUGCAGCAGCCGAUGGUCAGUUGGAAUUCAAACCAACCGAAGCAACGCAAAAAGGUUUCAGUUUUUAAGAUCGAUCAUUUUCUAUAAGUUCAGUAUAUAGCGUGUGUUUCAGAUCGUUUUGUAAAUAAGUAUACAAUUGUUCGUCAUGAAAGAUAAACAUUAGACAAAUUUCUUUGUCUUUAUCGCAAUUUUUCUUUUUAUUGAUAUUUUAUGUGUUCCAUGACAACAGCUUCAUUUAAUGUUCCUUUUCAUAGAUAGUUUUAAAAUUGUCGAAUGAUAUAUUACUCCU